AGAGAUUUUGCAACGUUCGAGCAAUCGAUAUUCGAGUGGAAGAUUGUUCAACUUUUGUUCAACUGGAUUUUUAAUUUGAUUAAUUUCGAGACAAACUAGGGACAAAUUUUACCUAGAAAACAAAUUUGUCGUUUCAAGUUUGUUUACAUUGGUUUACAUUAUGCCGUAUAAAGAUGGUGGUUAUGGUUGUUCUUGGAAAUGUUAAACAGUUGCUGAGGUUAAAUUACGAUAAAUUUGUUUUACAAAGAAUAAUUUUUACAAAAAUAUGUCAUUAAAGCACAAAAACGAGUAUCGCAGAUCCAUUGACGAGUAUCAGUCUGCAAACCCUAUACGUCGCAAGAUUGGUCUGUACUGGAUCCUAGCUGCACUAAGAAUAACUCUUACUCUCGCUCCGCAGACAGGCUACAUCCAUCCGGACGAAUUCUUUCAGUCCAUCGAAGUUGUCUCUGGAGAGCAUUUCGAUAUCGACGUCUACAAACCAUGGGAAUUCAACACUACUUUUCCCGUACGCACUGCGUUUAUUCCUCAACUCGUCGUUGGUCUGCCUUACGUGGUUCUCAAGAUGCUGUCUCCGUACACGUUUCACCUAUUCGGGCUGUCGCUGAAAACUCCGUAUUUCUUCGUGAUCUUCCCACGACUCUUCAUGUGCGCGCUCUCCUUCCUGUCGGAUUACUUUCUUUACAAGAUCUGCUGCAUGUACGGGCAGAACUACAGAGUCAGACUCGUGACAUAUGCCAGCUCUUAUAUCAUGCUCACAUACGCCACCCGUAUACUGUCCAAUUCCAUCGAACUGGUGCUGACCGCUGCUCUGUUGUACCUCGUUUCCAAGUGCAUGGUGUUUUCGGAGAAAGUCGUGCUUCAGAACGAUUACAUCUCCAAGAAGUACAGCGAAGCGACGAGCGGAACGGAGCGACUUAAGUAUUACAAGCUCAGGGCUUUGUUGCCCUCGCACUCGCUGAACCACUGCUUCAAACUGGCGACGAUAACGGUGAUAGGGAUAUUCAAUAGACCGACUUUCGUCGCGUUCGCUCUCGCUCCCAUCUUCUUCUGGCUGCAAAGAGGUCUAGGUUCGAAGAGCGUCAGCUUGGUGGACUUCCACAUCCGGAUCUUCAUCUUCAUCCUCUACGGGCUGCCAGUCGCACUGUUCUUUAUUCUAGUCGAUAGUUUCUAUUACGGAUAUCUAACGAUGGGGGAGAUAGGUCAAUUGGAAGUCGGAAUAAACAAUUUCGUGGUGACGCCGGUUAAUUUCAUCAAGUACAAUAUCGAUACAAAGAAUUUGCAGACGCACGGACUGCAUCCUCGUUUCCUGCACUUCCUGCUGAAUGUUCCGCUGCUGUUCAGCAUCCUGGGACUCAUCGGACUGCUCACGUUCGUCAAAAUGGUGUACAGAGGAAUAACGGCGCAAUGGCUGCGUCUGCCACGUCUGCAGAGUAUCGUGGGCCUGAUGACGACCGCGUUCAUCGUUCCGGUUGCCUUGCUGUCCCUUUUUCCGCAUCAGGAACCGCGUUUCAUAAUCCCGGUGCUCUUUCCGCUGGUGUUCCUCUACGCGCCCGAGCUGAAUCAAGUUCCCAGCCUAGAUAUCGUUCAGAGGGCAUCGUUCAACGACGACAGUGAUGUCGGCGAGUCUAGCAGUUCCACCGAAACGAAAAGGCACAAGUCCAGGAAACUGGUGCUGUGGUACAUCAGCAAUCUGCUGCUAGCCUUCUUCUAUGCCUUCGCGCAUCAGGGUGGAAUCCUCCCGCUGACGUUCCACGUCGCCACGGAGUUGGCGGCCAAGCCGUACCUUACCAACGUGCAUCUGUACACUUCGUAUAGCUACUCGAUGCCCACCGCGUUGCUGCAGCUGCGCAACACUCGUAAGGUCUACCGCAGCGGCAAUCACAAGUACAAGUUGACGCAGGACUUUCACCUGUACGAGCAAGGCUCCAAACCCUUACCGCAGGUGUUCAACAGCAUCGCCAGAAGCGUCAGGGACUGCGAGGAGAAGUUCGCUGUGAAGAAGAUCCCUUACAGACUGUACUACGCGUUACCGGCUUCCGCGAUGGACGAACUCGCGAGGCUGUCCAACAGCUCGCAGUCUAGGCAGUUUGGGUUUCACAUAGUCAAGGCCUUCUACCCUCACAUCUCUGUGGAAAGACUGCCGUUAGUGCAACCGGUCGAGAGACUGGGAAACUUGUUUAGUCGACAGAAUGACGGUAUUUUUAGCAGUUUCGUUAAAGCUGUAGAGGACGUUCGCGAAUAUAUCGAACAGUUCAAGUUGCUAUUGUUGAGAAUCGAAUACUUUGUGCCUAAGACAAAAAGAAGUAAAAAUAACAGAUGAAUAUAAGGUGGAGAAAUAGCGAAUAAUUGAAAAAAAUGAUAUUUCUACAUUCCUAUUCCUAAGAUAAUAAUAGAAUAUAUAAUAAUAAGAUAAUAAAAUCUAGUCAAAGAGCGAAAAAAAAGACAGAUAUAAAGUGGCUAACUGACUUGUUAAAAUAUUACUAGAGACUGUUGCAGUAUUCAAUGUAAACAAUACAGCGAAAAAGGAUGUUUCUAUCAAACGUUUCAACGUGAGAAGUCAUGAUUUAUUAAAGUUUUUAUAAUAGAUUUUAAUUGUAUUAAAUAUCAAAUAUAUACAUAGAAUAUAAUAUAUUAAGGAUUCGGAAAUUCACGGGAAAUUAGUUACAAACUAAUAUAUGUACAAACUUUUCAUUUUUAUUUCUUGUUAUUUGUCUAGUUUUCUUUUUGGUAAGAGGUAGUACUUGUAAAUACGAUUUAUUUUAUUAAAGCUUAUACGUAUAAAUAUUCAUUUUUCUCUCUUCUGUUAAUACAAAAGGCGAAUUGCUCCAGAAUAAUCUAAAGAGAUGACAAAAAUUUGAUUACUUUAAAAUAGAAAUUAUUAAUUUUUAUAUAUUCGGUGUUAUAAUUGGUACAGCAGGUUGUUCUUGAAAAUAGGCAACUUUAGUUAGUUAAUUUUUAAUUUGAUAAAGAAUGAAUUUUAUUUUUUAUUAUACUUUAAAAGUAUAAAUAUACAUAUAUAAGCAAGAAUAAGUUAUAUAUCUUUUAAUAUAUCUUAUUAGAAUUUUAAUGAAAGAUAUUUUAUAUGUACUUUUACUUUAAAAGCGAUUACGUGAAAGGUAUUAUUAAUUUAUAAAAGAUUAUAAUAGAUUAUUAAUUUAUAAUAAUUAACAUUUACGAGAACAACCUGUAUACAUACGUAAUAUGUCAGAAAUACUAUUGCACUAUGAUAAUAUAAUUUAACAUCAUACAA